UGUCACUUUGUGCAGAGAAAACACACAGAGAGCAGCGUGUUUAGGGGCAGAAACUCGUCUGUCCAGAAGGUUUAUCUCACUCCAGGUGAAAUUAACUCUCACUCUUUUGCUCAGUCUUUUGUGUUUCCUGAACUACAACCCUGCAAAGAAGCAAAUACAGAACACAGUGAAGAGCGGACAUGGAGUCGAGGCUGUUUGUCUUCUUGUUCCUCACAGGUCUGUGUGCUCAGACCCACUGCCGUCCUCAUCAGUACCACUUCAUCAGCACCACCCUGUCCUGGCUGAAGGCCCAGACGUACUGCAGAGAGCACUACACUGACCUGGCCACUGUCUUCGACAUAGAGGACAUGAAACUGAUAUUGGAGUCAAGCGAAGGAGUAAUGAAGAUGGCUUGGAUCGGUCUGCACGAUAACCUCACCAACUGGAGGUGGUCGUUGUCAGACACACUUUAUUACAGAGAAAAAGAGGACAAGUACAGGGCCUGGGAUUAUGGUCAGCCUGACAACUUCUUUGGAGACGAGCUGUGUGUGACCAUGUUGAGUGGAGGGGUGUGGGACGACUCCAGGUGCUUUCUGAGAUACCCCUUCAUCUGCUACGACGGAACCAGUCAGCGUUUCAUUUUUGUUGAGCAGGAGAUGAGCUGGUUUGAUGCUGUGCUCUACUGCAGGAGGCUCUACACAGACCUGGCCAGUGUUAGAAACAUGGAGGAGAGCUAUGAAAUACGGCGGGUGGCCAAAAACAUGAGCGUCUGGAUCGGCCUCUUUAGGACCAAAGAGUGGUCAGAUCGAAGUCAGUCCAACUACAGCUACUGGAAAGAAGGACAACCUGAUAAUUUGAGAGGAGGGGAGAACUGCAUUGCUACUGAUCUGAGCAACACAGGUCUGUGGUCAGAUGAAGUCUGCAGCAAUGAGCUGGCUUUUAUCUGUUAUGAAAAAACUGAUAUGCCAGUUCUGACGACCACUACGGCUGCUAGAGCUGCCACUAGCAACUCCAUCACUACUGCUGAGAAUUUAAAUAAAAUAACCACUGAUGGAAACUCAACCAACACAGUGCUGACAACUUUUGGUCAUGUCAGUGCAGAGGUGACCUCAUAUGAGCAGCCUUCAACCACAGAGGAGGACCAAACUACAAUCAUUGGCGCAACCUCAAGUGAAAUAACCACAGCAGAAAUGAACCUAUCCAGUCCAGAGAGAACCUCAUCUGUACAGUUUUCAACCUCAGAACUGGAUCAAGCUACAUCCACAAUGACACCAAUUAAAGAAGACCAAAUGACCUCCAGGGAAGGAGGCUCAAUCAGUACAGAUUUUCCUGAUGUGUCCAGCAGCGCUGCUACUACAUCUGCCACCACUAGCUCCACCAACACAGUGACGCCAAAUAAAAUAAUGACCACAGACGGAAACUCAACCAGUGCAGUAUUAACCUCACAACAGGAACCAACAUCUAUUCCUGACCAAACACAACACAAAUCACAGUUUACUAUGAACACCACCACUUUGAUUACGUAUGAAACACCCACCACUGAAAUAGAGCCUACUACUGGUUAUGUAAGCACAGAAAUUACCCCAUAUGAGCAGCCUUCAACCACAGUGGAGGACCUAACUAGAAUCACUAGCAUGACCUCAGGUAAAACAACCACAGCAGAAAUGACCUUAUCCAGUCCAGAGAGAACCUCAUCUGUACAGUUUUCAACCUCAGAACUGGAUCAAACUGCAUCCACAAUGUCACCAAUGACCGCAGACCAAAUGACCUCCAGGGAAGGAGGCUCAGUCAGUACAGAUUUUCCUGAUGUGUCCAGCACCACUGCAACUACAACUGCCAUCACUAGCUCCACCAACACAGUGACGCCAAAUAAAAUAAUGACCACAGACGGAAACUCAACCAGUACAGUGUUAACCUCACAACAGAAACCAACAUCUGUUCCUGACCAAACACAACACAAAUCACAGUUUACUAUGAACACCACCACUUUGAUUACGUAUGAAACACCCACCACUGAAAUAGAGCCUACUACUGGUUAUGUCAGCACAGAAAUUACCCCAUAUGAGCAGCCUUCAACCACAGUGGAGGACCUAACUAGAAUCACUAGCAUGACCUCAAGUAAAACAACCACAGCAGAAAUGACCUUAUCCAGUCCAGAGAGAACCUCAUCUGUACAGUUUUCAACCUCAGAACUGGAUCAAACUGCAUCCACAAUGUCACCAAAUGAAACUGAAAACAAGACUUUUUUGUUCACCGCCUCCACAGUGACCGCAGACCAAAUGACCUCCAGGGAAGGAGGCUCAAUCAGUACAGAUUUUCCUGAUGUGUCCAGCACCACUGCAACUACAACUGCCAUCACUAGCUCCACCAACACAGUGACGCCAAAUAAAAUAAUGACCACAGACGGAAACUCAACCAGUGCAGUAUUAACCUCACAACAGGAACCAACAUCUAUUCCUGACCAAACACAACACAAAUCACAGUUUACUAUCAACACCACCACUUUGAUUACGUAUGAAACACCCACCACUGAAAUAGAGCCUACUACUGGUUAUGUCAGCACAGAAAUUACCCCAUAUGAGCAGCCUUCAACCACAGUGGAGGACCUAACUAGAAUCACUAGCACAACCUCAAGUCAAAUAACCACAGCAGAAAGGAACUUAACCAGUCCAGAGAGAACCUCAUCUGUACAGUUUUCAACCUCAGAACUGGAUCAAAGUGCAUCUACAACUGACCAAACAACACAAAAAUCACAGUCUAUUGUCAACACCACCACUGUGAACACAAAUAAAAGAAGCACCACUGAAACAGAGACAACUACUGGUCAUGUCGGUGCAGAGGUGACCUCAUAUGUGCAGCCUUCAACCACAGAGGAGGACCAAACUAGAACCAUUACCAGUGAAGCUCCUGUCAGUCCACUUUUGUCUACCAUUACAACCUCUACAGUGACCCCAAGUAAAAUAACCACAGCUGAAACAAACUUUCCCAGUCAAGAAAUGACCCCAUCGCUGCAUUUUUCAACUUCAGAUGUGGAUCAAAAUACAGUCAUAACUGACCGAUCUCUGUACAAAUCGCAGUAUACUUCCACCGUUGCCACCACAGACCAUCUUAGUACAGAGGUUACCCCAUCUGAGCUGCCUUCCACAAAACUGGUGGACCAAACAAUACCUGUUACAGAAAAUUUGGUCAACCUGAAGCUGACAAUCACCUCCACAAUACCACUGAGUCAAGAUGACAUCAGAGAGCUGGUGAUGGUGGAGUUUCACAGACUCCUGACAGAAAUGGGACUUCCUGCGCACAUCAAUGUCAGAGUUAAGAAACCACUAAAAUAAUGAACAACAAACCACAAACCAAACUGACCAUGGCCGAGGUAUAAAUGGAGGAUGAAACUAUAAUGCACACUUGAAUUAUAGUUUCAUCAUAUUUUUUUAAGCAUUCUUACGGAGGGUGGCCGGACAUCCCUGAUUUCUGGGAGCAGUCCCUGUUUUGUCCCCUGGCUAAAGCUGCCCCUGAAAGUGUUUUAUGAAUGAGAGAGAAAAAAAAAGCAUGUAGACUAGAACAACAGUUAUUACGGUAGCUGGUAGUCACACUGCUACUGACAUUACAGACAUACC